CCCUCCCUCCCUCCUCCCUUCCUUCCUUCCUCUCUCUCUCCUCUUCCCUCCUUUCUUCCUUCAGCAAAUUGCUCCUGAAUCCCUGCUAUGACCCGGGACUCACUGUGAACGAGACAAACAAAACUCUCUGCCCUCCAGAUCGGACGUUCUAGAGAGGGGAGACGGACAGACCGAAACAGCCAAGAGAACGUCAAGGGGUCACAAGUUCUCCGAAUUAGGAACACGUAUCGGGGAAGGGUGGAUAGGGCGGUCUGCCGUGGAGCCGGAAGAGCUUACCGUUCCGCACCGGGUGCUUGGAAAGCCUCACCGGCAAGGUAGCACAGGAGCUGAGAGGAGAAGGAGGUGUUGGACAUGGAGGAGAUGACCAUCUGGGAACAGCACACGGCCACGCUCUGCAAGGACCCCCGGAGAGGCUUUGGCAUUGCCAUCUCUGGUGGCCGAGACCGGCCCAGUGGAUCCGUGGUCGUGUCGGAUGUGGUGCCGGGGGGGCCAGCUGAGGGCCAACUGCAGACAGGGGACCACAUCGUCAUGGUGAAUGGGGUCUCCAUGGAGAGCGUCACCUCCACCUUUGCCAUUCAGAUACUCAAAACCUGUACCAAGUUGGCGAACAUUACCGUGAAGCGUCCCCGGAAAAUCCAGCUGCCUGCCAAGGCCAGCCCCUCUGGGGGACAUCAGGUCUCGGAUGGGGAGGCUGACCACGGCCAGGGCUACGACGGGGACACAUCCAGCGGGUCUGGCCGCUCCUGGGGCGAGCGCUCCCGCCGGCAGAGGACGGGCCGCCGGAGCCGGGCCGGCAGCCACGGGCGCAGGAGCCCAGGCGGCAGGUCUGAGGCCAACGGGCUGGCCCUGGUGUCGGGCUUUAAGCGGCUGCCGCGGCAGGACGUGCAGAUGAGGCCCGUGAAGUCCGUGUUGGUGCGGAGGAGGGACAGCGAAGAGUUCGGGGUCACCCUGGGCAGUCAGAUCUUCAUCAAGCACAUCACUGAGUCGGGCCUGGCGGCCAGGAACCGCGGGCUGCGGGAAGGUGACCUCAUCCUCCAGAUCAAUGGCGUGUCCAGCGAGAAUCUGUCUCUGAGUGACACACGGCGACUGAUCGAGAAGUCAGAAGGGAAGCUGACUCUGCUGGUGCUCAGGGACAGAGGGCAGUUCCUGGUGAACAUCCCACCGGCCGUCAGUGACAGCGACAGCUCUCUCCUGGACGACAUCUCCGACCUCGGCUCAGAAACGUCCCAGGCGCCACCCUCCCACGUCCCACCGCCACCCCAGCAUGUGCGGCGGAGCUCUGACGCCAGCUGGACCGACUCCCCCGAGGAGAGCCCCCCGCUUUGGCGGGACAAGUCAGUGGAUUCCAGAACCAUCUCAGAAACAGACUCCCCCAGGCAAAGCAGCUGUGACAUCUACAGGGUGCCCAGCGGCCAGAGCAGGGAGGACCGUGGGUACAGCCCCGACUGGAGGGUGGUCCGCUUCCCCAAGGGCUCCACCAUCGGCCUGCGCCUGGCCGGCGGCAAUGACGUGGGCAUCUUCGUGUCCGGGGUGCAGGAGGGCAGCCCGGCCGACGGGCAGGGCAUCCAGGAGGGAGAUGAGAUUCUGCAGGUGAAUGACGUCCCCUUCCGGAACCUGACCCGUGAGGAGGCCGUGCAGUUCCUGCUGGGGCUGCCGCCUGGCCAGGACGUGGAGCUGGUGACGCAGCGGAAGCAGGACAUCUUCCGGAAAAUGGUGCAGUCCCGCGUGGGCGACUCCUUCUACAUCCGCACGCACUUCGAGCUGGAGGCCAGCCCCCCGUCGGGCCUGGGCUUCACCCGCGGAGACGUCUUCCACGUGCUGGACACGCUGUACCCCGGCCCCGGGCAGAGCCGCGCCCGCGGGGGCCACUGGCUGGCGGCGCGCAUGGGACGCGACCUCCGCGAGCAGGAGCGGGGCAUCAUCCCCAACCAGAGCAGGGCGGAGCAGCUGGCCAGUCUGGAGGCCGCCCAGCGCGCCGUGGGCGCCGGGCCGGGCGCGUCUUCGGGCUCCAACGCGCGGGCCGAGUUCUGGCGGCUGCGGGGUCUCCGUCGAGGGGCCAAGAAGACCACCCAUCGGAGCCGCGAGGACCUGUCCGAUCUGACCAGGCAGGGUCACUACCCGCCGUAUGAACGCGUGGUGCUUCGAGAAGCCAGCUUCAAGCGCCCGGUGGUGAUCCUGGGGCCCGUGGCAGACAUUGCCAUGCAGAAGUUGACUGCGGAGAUGCCCGACCAGUUCGAGAUCGCAGACAGCGUAUCGAGGACCGACAGCCCCUCCAAGAUCAUCAAGCUGGAUACCGUGCGCGUGAUCGCCGAGAACGACAAGCACGCGCUCCUGGACGUGACGCCGUCGGCGGUGGAACGCCUCAACUACGUGCAAUAUUACCCCAUCGUGGUCUUCUGCGCCCCCGAGAGCCGCGUGGCCCUCAAGGCCCUGCGCCAGUGGCUGGCGCCCGCCUCCCGCCGCAGCACCCGCCGCCUCUACGCGCAAGCCCAGAAGCUACGCAAGCACAGCGAACACCUGUUCACGGCCACCAUCCCCCUGCAUGGCACGAGUGACGCCUGGUACCGGGAGCUCAAGGCCGUCAUCCGCGAGCAGCAGACCCGGCCCAUCUGGACGGCCGAGGACCAGCCGGACAACUCGUCGGAGGGCAACCUGGACCUGCCUCACCGAGGCCUGGCCGACAGCUCUGCGGAUCUGAGCUGUGACAGCCGGGUCAACAGCGACUACGAGACAGACGGGGAGGGCUACACGGAUGGCGAGGGCGGCCCCCACACGGACGUGGACGAAGGUCCACCGGCGCCAGCCCUGGCCCGGUCCUCGGAACCCGUGCUGGCGGAUGAGCCUCAGAGCCCGGGGGAUCAUAGGAGAGCCCCGGGUCCCCGAGGGGCCCAGGUGGAUGGCCAUUCCCCCCAUGGUCAGUGGCGACAGGACAGCAUGCGGACAUACGGGCAGGAAGCUUUGAAGAAAAAGUUCACGCGAGCUCGAGACAUGGAGUCCUCUGACGAAGACGGCUACGACUGGGGCCCGGCCACCGACCUGUGACCCCUCCCAGGUGGCCAGCUGGCCCCUAUCCCCUCUUCCUCCCUAGAGCUGGGACUCAGUUUCCCGUACGGAACCUAGAACCCUACCUCCUUCUGCCAGUCUUUAAUAAAUAGAGUAUUUUCACAGCA